GCUUACAAUAGGUCAUUGAAAUUUUUAUUAAGCGGUCGAAGAAACGGUAGUAAGAAAUUUUCAAACUCCUAUUUGUGUUGUUGUUCCUAUACACAUAAAAAAGAAACGUUCGGAUAAGGCAACGUAGUGUGGCCCAGUUACAAGAAAUACAUAACACUGUGUACUUUUAGGCGAAAUAUGAAAAAAAAUAGCAACAUAUUUUGUUGUAGUGGCUGUUGGUAGACGUUAAUGUUGCAACAUUAUGACGUAGUGUAUGUAAUGUUACGUUAUUUAAAUAAAUUAAAAUAAGGUGUAUAAAAAGUGAUUUAAAAAAAAUGGUUUUUAUUGUAUAAUAAAUAAACCGCUAAUGUAUUCUAAAUGAGAUUUAAAAGAAAAUUAUAAUAUUAAGUUUGUGUGUGUGUUUUUUUUUGUGGUGUAAAAGAAAACAUGAUUCAGCAUGAACAAGUGUUUAAAAUUUUACAAUUCCCAUCAUCAUCAGCAGAAACCACAGCAACAACAUUAUUAUCAUCAAUCUUGCCAAGACAACAACAAUUUCCGUAAAAAAACAAGUUACUUAAUUCCAUUUUGUAUUUGUAAAAUUGUUUGUUAAAUAAUAAAACUUUUUUCAAAAGGUGUUAUUUUAGACAUAAACUUUAAAAUCCUCCCCCUCCUGUUACAAUUACUUUCCGCCCCCAGUGUUUUUUAUUUUAAGGAGGAAUUAAUAUUGAAUUCUAAUUUAUACAAAAUAAAAAAAGUUGACAAAGUAUUGAUAGGAAAAAGUUUUAUAAAACCAGGGGAAUUGUAAACAAUCAAAUUAAAUAGAAAAUGCAAAAAAAUAUCUAAAAAAAUUCCAAUACUAAGAAAAAGAUAUUAUUUAUGAUAAAAGUAUAUAAUAACAAGAAAAGAAAGAAGAAAAUUGAAAAAAAUGAAAAUUCUCUUGAAACUUCGCUGUCAUUGAGAAACGAAAUUUUUGUAUUUCAUGGAUAAUUAUCUCAAAUGUCGGCGGUUGUUGUUGCUGCUACUCGACUCUGAAGCAUAAUUUAAUUGUUUUAAUUGAAGUGUGAGUUACAAGGAGACAAAAGAAACAAAUAAAAAAAAAGAAAAAAAACUCAAAUUUAAAAAAAGUAAAAGAUAAACAAAAUAAAUAUAAAGUAAAUAAGAAGAUAAGAAAAAUUUUUCCUAGCAGUCUUUUAGGCGCUAGAUGCCACAUUUAAUUUGAAUAAUUAAGUGAAAGUGUGAGUGGGUGUGCGUUAAGAAGAAAAAUAAAAAUACAAAAAUAAACAGUUGCCAGUUACUUCCUUCUUCCUAAAACGUAAGCGAAGUAUCUGUUUAUUAUACACCGAAACAAAUCUAAUCAGAUUGAAAGAUUUUCCUUUUUUUCAUACAAAUUUUUAUAUAAAUUGUAUACGGCAACAAAUUGUAAUUUUAUGAAGAAAAACAAAAUCUCAAAGAAAUUUAAAUAAUAAUAACAACAAAAAUUAUAACAAAAGUGUUUAUUAAGCAAGUGUGCUAGAGUUUGUGUGUCCUGUUUCCUGUUUCCGUUACCAUUUUGUUUUUAAACAACUGCUGCUCUUAACUGAAAGUGUAUGAGUGAGUACUAGCUCGUUGUCAACAACAACAACAUCAUCACCAUCACUCGUAAUGUUAAUUAUACAAACGAUGUCAAUGUCGUUGUCAUUGUAGUUCACCCGUAUAAAAUAAAGUGAAUUAUAAACGUGAGAGUGAGCAGCUCUUUAAAAAUCUUAUACAUUCAUAUUAACAUACACAAGUGCAAUUUGUAAUUGUAUAUAUUUUUUUGUUACAUAUAUGUUGUAUGCAGUAGUUGUUCGUAAUAAAUUUUCUAUAAUUUAUUCGUUUUGUUUUUGUGUGAAAAUAUUCACAUGAAAUGUUGCUGGAAUAUUUGACAAUGCUGUUUAUUUUUGGAUUAACGACACACAUUGAAAGGACCCGAUAUUUAGUACAAGCCUUAAAAAUGCCCACAAACGAUACCCUGCACGAUUUCAAUCACAAUAACAACAUGAUUUUAGACAGUUACGACAAUACACAUCCAGAAUUUGAUAAUUCAACCGAACGAGACGUUAUAGCAGCAGUGGGCACAACAGCACGACUACAUUGUCGUGUGAAAAACUUGGGUGAUCGAGCGGUGUCGUGGAUAAGAAAACGUGAUCUACACAUACUCACAAUUGGUAUAAUGACCUAUACGAAUGAUCAAAGGUUUCUAGCGCGGCACAUAGACAAUUCCGAUGAAUGGGUCUUGAAAAUUGUAUCCGUACAGCCGAGAGAUGCGGGUGUGUACGAGUGUCAGGUGUCGGUGGAACCAAAAAUAAGUCAAGCCUAUAAAUUAAUGGUAGUUACUUCCAAAGCACAAAUUCUAGCCAACCGUGAACUGUUCGUGCAAAGUGGCAGUGACAUUAAUUUAACCUGCAUUGCACCACAGGCUCCCGGUCCCUACACUCACAUGUUGUGGUUUAAAGACAGUGAACUAAUCAACGACUCAACACGAGGUGGCAUACGCGUCGUGUCAGAACAACAAAUGAAAACUAGCAAUUUAGUUAUUUCUCGAGUAACACACACCGAUUCGGGGAAUUAUACCUGUGCGGCAGACAAUUCAAAUAGCGACAGUGUUUUUGUACAUAUCAUCAAUAGUGAAAAACAUGCCGCCAUGCAACAUGAGUUAGCGUCACGAUUGCAUAUACCACGUAGCCUUUUAGUGAUACUAACCUUCUUCUAUAUUUUAGAACGAGUCAUUAAAUGAAACUAAAUGCAACUGCUACAACAUAAAGAACAACUACAUCUAUAGUCUGCUUUAUCACCAAGAAACAAACAAACACACUUCUCUAGUCCUAAAAUAAUAAUAAAUUACAUUUAACCACCGCCAGUAGCAGAGCAGAACCAAAUAAAAACCAACAAGAAACUACAAACGAGCAACAAAUUGUAUUAAAUAAAUAAAAGUGCAGUGCGGUGCAAAGCAGUGGCGGCAGUGUAGCAGUAGUUUAUGGCCGUAAUGUUUAUAAUUAUAAAACAAAAGGUUUACAGAAAUACAUACGCAGGAAUUUAGUACAUACACAAACAGACUUUUUAUGAAACCUUAAAAGGCUGAAGUUUACAGUUCGAAGAUCAUCGAAAUGGUGUACAGAUUAAAAUAUAAAACUGUAACCCUCCCUGUUCACCAUCAACCACAAAAAUAUACCCCAGAAGGCAAAAACAACAAUAAAUACAGAAAGAGGUUGUGGAACGAGCCACCUUUGGCAGCAUAAUAUUAGUUUAAGUUUUAUAUUGUUUGUUCAAAGGAAAAUGUAAUCCAGGUAAAAUCCUAACGUUUGAGAUACAGAUACAUAUGUGGCUUAAUAUAUAAUAUCUAUACGUAAGGACACACAUACUUUAGCUCCUUAUCGAGCUAUAACUCUUUAGUAAAUGUUACGUACUCUGAUCCUAGAAUACACAUUAAUACAAUGUUAGUUAAAAUAUAAAGUGCCAGGUAUUUUAGACAAGUUUUCCUACAAGUAUAUUGUCUUAUAAUUAUUGGUAUUUGUUUAAGCAAAAGAAAUAACUAUACAAUAAUUUAGUUUGUGAAUACUAGAGAAAAAGACAAUAUGUGUAUAAGAGGAUCCUUUAGUAUUUUUGAAUAAAUAAAUGUGUGUCCUUAUUGAAAGCAUAUAAAGGUAUAUUGUUGUAGUUGUGUGUUUGCUAUUUCAAAUUUUCUUUACCUACAGUGUAUGUAUGUUUAUAAAUUACUGUCCUUAAAAUCCUGUCUUUGCUGUUAUUGCUACGAUUAGCAUUACAACACUACUACCCAGCAAUCAUAUUUGAGCAGUUUGGAAUAAUCGAAUUUCCGAAUGAGUUUUUGAUGAAAUUUCUAAUAAAUGAACAUUAAUUUUACAAAGAAAAAAUUUAAAAGAUAUCAUAAAGAGGACAUUUUAAAGGAAUAUUUAAUAAAAAUUUUCUUAAAUAAAAGCAAAUUUUCUGAAUUUUAUAUUAUUUCUAACAAGAUCAUAUUUCUUCUUUGCUGGGUUAGUUGCUUACUACUGCUACUACUGUUGACAUUAACCAGACGAAAAUCUGAACAAGCUUUGCUAAAUGUUUGUAGUCGAAUAAUUGAAUGCUCAAGUUUUGUUUUCUUUUUUUUUAAGAAAAAGCACAAGAAAACCAACAAAAUUUACUGAAAAAAAAGAGAAACUCAUGCUGAGUUUUAUUAUGAAAUUGAACAUUUUUUUUGUCUUAUUUCUAAUAUUAAGGAUUUGUAUAGAAUUCGUAUACCAUGUAAAUGUGUGUGUGUAUGUUGUACUAUGUAAAUGUGGAUAUGUGGUUGUUAGUAACAGUGAAUUUGUGUUUGUGUGUGCACAAGAGUAAGCAAAUAUUUACAAGCAACUUCUGUUUGUUUAAGAAAAACUAAUAGCAUAAAGCUAGUUUAUGACCAAAAAGGAAGAAAAAUAGAAAAAAAGCAAAAAUUAAGUAAAAACCUUAUAGACCUGUAAACAUUUGCAUACAUUAACAACAUGCAUGAGAACGUAAGAAUAGGGGAAGUAUAGCCCAUGGUAACAAAUGAAAUGAUAAAAGUUUGUUCAAUAGUUUGUUUAAAACAUGUCCAAGCUUUAAAACAAUAAUAUUGUUAUAAUUAAUAUAUUUCAUAGAAUCCUCUAUAUUUGCAUACCUUCCCUCUUUUGAGACAUUUUUAUAACAUUUCAUUUAAACUAUGUUUAUUUUCAAGUGUUUACACUUCUUACUCACAACAAGGAAACAAGAAAAGAGCCAAAGAAAGAAUUUAAUAAAAAUUGUAAAUGUAUCCUUAUCCUUGUGCUCAUACAAAGCUAUACACACACUCUUACCCUCUUACCCCCAAAUAUCCACAUUAACAUAUAAUUACAUAUAUACUCACACAUAUGAAAAUGUAAAUAGUUAAAGUGUUAAUUGUAAAUACUUUUUACCAGGUUUUUAAUUUCUUUUCAUUA